AUGGACUAUGACUUUAAAGUGAAGCUGAGCAGCGAGCGGGAGCGGGUCGAGGACCUGUUUGAAUACGAGGGCUGCAAAGUUGGCCGAGGCACUUACGGUCACGUCUACAAAGCCAAGAGGAAAGAUGGGAAAGAUGAUAAAGACUAUGCUUUAAAACAAAUAGAAGGAACCGGGAUCUCUAUGUCGGCAUGUAGAGAAAUAGCAUUACUUCGAGAGCUUAAGCAUCCAAACGUCAUCUCUCUUCAGAAGGUGUUUCUGUCGCACGCUGAUAGGAAAGUGUGGCUUUUGUUUGACUACGCUGAGCAUGACCUCUGGCACUUCUUGUUUUUCAAUAAGGCAAGAAAACGAAAUAAGAGGCCAAUAAUACUACCUCAGGGCUCAGGGAGAAGUCUCAUGUACAGAAGGCUGAAUGGAUUACAUUAUCUAAACUCAUUUAAAAUUCUGCAUUAUUCUUUAAAACCUGCUAAUAUUUUAGUUAUGGGUGAAGGUCCUGAGCGAGGAAGAGUAAAAAUUGCUGAUAUGGGCUUUGCCCGAUUAUUUAAUUCACCUUUGAAGCCUUUAGCCGACUUGGAUCCAGUAGUUGUGACAUUCUGGUACCGAGCCCCAGAACUACUUCUUGGAGCAAGACAUUAUACCAAAGCUAUCGAUAUCUGGGCUAUAGGGUGUAUAUUUGCAGAACUGCUGACAUCAGAACCCAUAUUUCACUGUCGACAAGAGGACAUCAAAACCAGUAACCCUUACCACCAUGACCAGCUGGACAGGAUAUUCAAUGUGAUGGGAUUCCCUGCAGAUAAAGAUUGGGAAGACAUCAAAAAGAUGCCCGAACAUUCGACGUUAAUGAAAGAUUUCAGAAGAAAUACGUACACCAACUGCAGCCUUAUCAAGUAUAUGGAGAAACACAAAGUCAAACCAGACAGUAAAGCAUUCCACUUGCUUCAGAAGUUGCUUACCAUGGACCCAAUAAAGCGGAUUACCUCAGAACAGGCUAUGCAGGAUCCCUACUUCUUGGAAGACCCACUUCCUACAUCAGACGUUUUUGCCGGUUGUCAGAUCCCUUACCCAAAACGUGAAUUUUUAACAGAAGAAGAACCCGACGACAAAGGAGACAAAAAGAACCAGCAGCCGCAGCAGCAGGGCAAUAACCACACGAACGGAACCGGUCACCCAGGGAAUCAGGACAGCGGCCACGCCCAGGGACCCCCGUUAAAGAAAGUGAGAGUUGUUCCUCCUACCACUACCUCAGGCGGGCUGAUCAUGACCUCAGACUAUCAGCGUUCCAAUCCACAUGCUGCCUACCCCAACCCUGGACCAAGCACAUCACAGCCGCAGAGCAGCAUGGGAUAUUCAGCUACCUCCCAGCAGCCUCCACAGUACUCUCAUCAGACACACCGGUACUGAGCUGCGCCGGAAUCACGUCAUUGCACUGUCGCUAUGCUGCGGGCGGACUGCGCGCCCCCGCGGCGCCUGGCCCGGGCCGCGAGAAUGUACCGUGCAGCCACGCCUUCAGAACGUCCAGCCGCCGAGUCCCACCACUUUUCACAGAUCGGGGUAGUGGCUUCCAAGUUGUACCUAUUUUGGAGUUAGACUUGAAAAGAAAGUGCUAGCACAGUUUGUGUUGUGGACAUGCUACUUCCAUAGUUUACUUGACAUGGUUCAGACUGACCAAUGCAUUUUUCCCAGUGACAGUCUGUAGCAGUUGAACCUGUGAAAUGUGCU